AGAGAGAGAGAGAGAGAGAACAGUAGUGUGACUGAGAGAAAGAGAGAGGGGUAAAGACGUCAAGUAAAAUCCACUCUCCACAGCGCCAGAAUCUGCUGCAGCGGUAGCGGAAACCACUACUUCCCUACGCAAUCGCUAUCUCCCUUCCCUUCCCCCAAUUUUUUAACCUCCCCUCUUCCCUCUCUCCCCCUCUCUCUCUUUUUUGUUUUUUAAAUUUUCUCCCAAUAUUUUCUCUCCCUCUUUUUUUUUUCCCCUUGUAUUCAAAAAAUUUCGAAUCGACGGUUACAUAUCCAGGUGCUAUGCAGGUAAAAUAUGUACUUGUAACCAACAAUUCUUUGGUGAAUUUGAUGGAACCUCACCAAGAGGUCAAGGCUUCAAACGGCUGGACCGUUUCUUGAUCUGGUGGCUGCCAUCCAAUACAUGCUAUGGGGUGGGUUAGGAUAGCCCAGGGUGUAGGGCAAGGUUUAAUUUGUGAAUGGCCAAAGUUAGCAAGGUGCAAAAGUCUGGUUCUAGUCAUAAAAAGGUGAGUCCUUUUUUAUUGCCAUCUUAUCCAAAGAAGGCUGGCAAAGGAUCCCGAAAGAAAAAAUGCUCCAAAGCUUCAGAGAAGAAAGAUUGGGAAGCUGCAAAAUGUUCAGUUUGUCUGGAGUUCCCGCACAAUGCUGUUCUCCUCCUUUGUUCCUCUUAUGAUAAGGGUUGCCGCCCAUACAUGUGUGCUACUAGCCGGCGCUUUUCCAAUUGUCUUGAGCAAUACAAAAAGGCCUACACUAAAGUAACUUCAGUUGACAAUGGGUUGGUGGAUAAUGCAAGUCUUGAUUCAGGUGGGGGGCAGCCCACUGAAAAGAUGGAAGUACCGGAGCUUCUGUGCCCGCUAUGUCGGGGACAAGUUAAGGGUUGGACAGUGGUAGAACCUGUACGAAAAUAUCUCAAUCAGAAAAAAAGGGCUUGCAUGCAAGACAAGUGCUUGUUUGUUGGAACUUACAAAGAACUCAGGAAACAUGUUAGGGCAAAGCACCCAUUGGCACGACCUCGAGCAGUGGACCCUGUUCUUGAAGAAAAAUGGAAAAAGUUUGAAAAUGAGAGAGAGCGGAAUGAUGUGAUCAGUACAAUCAUGUCAUCAACACCAGGGGCAGUGGUGUUGGGGGAUUAUGUUAUUGAGCCAGGCUAUCGCGGUAUCUACAGAGAUGAAUAUGAUUCAGAUGACUCUUUAGACGAUGGUUUUCUUCAUCUAGAUUCAUCUGCUCGCUUGCCUACUAGAUUCAUGGACUAUGGUCUGAUUGAGGAUGAUGACUUUGGGAUGCACCAAGCUUUUCGUGCUGUUGCCCCAGUAGCUCGUACUCGGCCUGCUCGCUUGUUGGGGUCAGUGGGACUAAGGCGAAUCCCUAGGGUUCGAGGACGUAAUGGGAGUGGGUAACUUGCUACAAGGACUGGACUCUUUACUUAUCUGUGAUUCAGAAUAUCUAGAUUUAUUUGCAGCUGCCAUCACAUGGUGGAAAUUAUACCUUGAUGUGAUGUAACAUUGAUAGCAGGUAAUGAACAGAAUGUAGGAAAGUCAGUCAUUGGUAAUUAGGUGUUUAGUCGCUGAGGCGAACAAAGGUAUUUUAGCUGUCAGUUCCCUCAUAGGUAUAUGUCUCGAAUUAUGGUUUGGUCUUGCAUAGCGGUUACUUUGACAGCAGCAUAAAAUGAAAACAUUCUUUCUGUACUCUUUGUUUUAGAAGCAACUGGCAACAUAUCUUCAUGUUGCACUCUAAUGGUCCUUAAUUCUCCGGGAUAUUUUUUCUUUAGUGUACAGCUUCAAGAAAAAGAUUCAGAGGAGAAUCAACAAUUCUUUGGUUUAGAGUUCCAUUUAAGUGAACUCUCGAUCAAUCUAUGAUUUUGAGAUUUGCUUAUUUA